GGGCGGAGCCGACCGCAGCGUCUUCCCUUCCCGGAGCUGAAAGUGGGAGCACACAGGCCGCCGGCUUCCCGCUCUGCCAACAUACCGGCUUCACCCGCCCACCGGGACUCCGAGUGCAUGCCGUUCUCCUGCGACCCCGGCUGACACCGCACGUGCAGAGUUAAGACUCGGUGUUUCCUGAUGCCUUGGCAUUUAAAAACUGAAGCAUUAUGCAUUCUCCAGUGCAGGCUAUAGCUGUCAUUGGCCUAGAAAUGGACUGUGCCAAAGUUUUAUGCCACUUUCAUUUACUGAUGCACUACACACCCGGAGAAAACAUUGUAAUUGCCUUCUCAAGAGAUUACAAUGUUUACUCGAGGAAUCAAGAGAAAGUGCCUUGACCCCGAAGAAAUCGAUGGGUCUUUGGUUGACUUGAAAACUGUUCCAUCUUACACCCUCGAGCGCCAGUCGCUUUUAGACAUGUCUCUAGUGAAACUGCAGCUUUGCCACAUGUUGGUGGAGCCGAAUCUCUGUCGUUCGGUGCUAAUCGCUAACACGGUGCGGCAGAUACAAGAGGAAAUGACGCAAGACGGCAGCUGGCCAGUGUUUCACAAACUAGAACAAGCUCCUUUGGAGCGCCUGGUUUCCACGGAUGUUCUCUGCCGAUCCUCCAAAGAGCAGGAUGAAUCAAAACACAUUGAUGAAAGCUACAUCACGUACAGUGAAGAACUCGAGGUCCAAGAGACCCAGGAGAUCGCCGAACUAUCCCCAGUGCCUCCUGUAAAAGUUUUGCAGAACUCCCCUGGAUUCUGGGAGGUUGAGAGCCCGCAGGAAAACAAGGCACACCUUCAGAAGUCUUUAGAUCAUAUUUUCGAAUCUUUAGAGAACAGAAACGCGAGCGCCAUGGAAGACUUAUUUUCAGAAGUUGACACUUCGUACUAUGAUCUUGAUACUGUACUGACCGGAAUGAUGGGAAAUUCUAAAUUAGGUCAUUGUGAAAUGUUGGACAGCUUGUCCUCACAGGCAGCUCCACACAGUCACUGCAAAGCGGAGAUGAAUGAGAUAGACCAUAUUGUGGAGAUUUUGGUGGAAUCUUGAGGUCUUUUAACCAUAAACUUAAACUUUUAGUAAGUUCCACCCUCACGUAGUCCCCAAUUAGCAUGUUACAUGAUAUCAACAUUUUAUCUUUUAAUUUGAUGGGGCUCUUAAAUACCAUUUUAUAGGGGUAAUGUGUCAUCCACGUUUGAAAUCGAGCAAACUUUUAUAGAAAAAAAA